AUGUAUGCUCGUGACCAUUGGGGAGGCGACAACCAUAUUGACGACGACCUCCUUGCUCACCUAUACUCAGACUACCGGUCACCUCCAAAUUCAUCUGAUUCGUCGUCUUCUCCUAGCCCUUUAAGUAGUAGUGAGUCGUCUGGCGGAUCUCACGAAACUACAUGUCCUAUUCAUAGAGUGAAGAGAUUGAAAAGAAUCCUCCCACGCUGGGCUUUGUACUUUUUGCACGAAGGAGAGUGCUCCACCCCUCACGCUAUUACAGAGAUGGCCAAUCCUUCCUCCCAAGACGGCCCAGAGGAAAAUGAAGCUCAUACUGCUCCUCAAAAUCCUCCUACCCAAAAGAGGCGGACUCAGCAAGAGGGAACAGCUCCACACAUGGCGACCCAAAAACAAAAGAAGCGGAACCAGCAAGAGGUUCCGCGCAUGGCGCCUACCUUAGAGGCAAAGGCACGCUAUGAUCAGAGUACUUGGGAUCCCAACGUCUCAAUCGAACGUCCAGACAGCAGUUUGGAGUCGUCCGAGGUGCAAAGUUACCUCUCUUUGUACCCUCUUGGUGAAGGGGUGAAGGUAGUCCCAGCGAAGAAAGGCCAAAAAGCUGGCUCUCCCCCAGGUGAUUCCUGUGCUUGGACGAAAUACCACAUCGAGGCUGGAGCGACCUUGCCACUCCAUGAUUACUUUCGAGAGGUGGCGAACUACUUUGACAUUUUGCCAGCCCAAAUUGCUCCUCAUGGGUACCUGGCCUUAUCUGCUUUGUUCAUAAUAUAUCAUCAGAAGGGAUGGGGAAGACCUUCUCCUCAUGAAAUUCACUACCUCCUUUCCUUCCGGACUUGCCCGUCCAUGAACCAUUCAGAAUACUUCUACUUUAUGAACCGAGAACGGAAUCAGCCGUAUGUUUCUGGUAUUUGUAGCACAAACCGCAGUGACAAGCAUCGGACGUCCUACUUUUUUACAACCCCCAUGGACACUACCCACCGGGCUUUCAACCAUACGGGUACAUAUUCCAGACCGAUCCCAACCGAGGAGAUGAUACAACAUGCGGCAGCCUUGACAGCUAUGCCAGACGCUGAAAAAUCAGCUCCAAAGAUUGUAACUCCAGAGACGCUCAAGUUAGUGGGAUUGUACCCUCUUGAGCAUAACACAACUGUCGCAAGCACAAUCGAUGGACCUGAUGCUCCUGCUAUUCCCAUUGACGGGGGGAAUCCUUCUCAUGGGAACUUUACUACAGCCGACUCUUCCAUCCACAUGUCUUUACCACCCACUACUUCGAGGAGGGACACUGGAGUGAUUGUUGGUGUUGAUAGCAAUCCCGAGGAUACUACAAUGCUCAAUGAUUAUAGCUCUGAAGAUUCAGAUAUGUUCCACCAACUAAUUGCGAGUUAUGGUGAGAGUGAGGAUGUUAAUGAGUCUGGAGGAGAGGAAAGUGCUCCAGACCUUCCUCUAGUCCCUCGAGCCUGCUCCCAACUGAGGAAGCCUUGUCCUGCCGCGGUAGAAGGCGAGGAGAAUGCUCAAGCCUCUCCUUCUGUCCCAAAUAUUGGUGGCCGCAUGAGGAGACCUUCCAUCGUGGUUCCCAUAAUUCGUCCCGAUGAUGCCACAAUUCAGAUGCUAGAGUCUGUGCAUGACAACAUUGACCUCCUUGUUCGAAAAACUGCAACCGUUGAGGUGGUGCGUGACAUGUCCAACUACGAAGGUGAUACUGUCACUAAAGGAGUCCAAGACAUCCUUCGGGUACGUGAUGGAUUAUUUAUCAAACUGUAUUGAUAAUAGCCUAUCUUCUUAUGUGCACGCUCAUAUUUAUAUGAUCUCAUAUCCUUUUAUUGUGCUGACACCCUUUCAUUCUCUUAUUUUUUUUAGGGUGUGACUCAAUUCAUGGUCUCCAAUCUUCAGUCUUCAAAUUUACAAGAGAAACUAGCUACCGCAGAAACAGCCCUUAAGGAGCAGAAGAAGCUCUUCGCUCUUUCGGACGCAAAGCAUGAGCGUGACAAGGAUGAACUUAAGGAAAUUCUUGGUAGGAGGCUGACGGAACUCAAUAAUGCGCAGACCCGGCUGGAGGAGAGAAAGACUCAAGUGAAUUAUUACAUUGAUCAGAACUUUGAUCUUGCGAAGAAGAAUACGGCGCUAGAGAAGGCGCUAGAUACAGUCACUAAAGAACAUGACUCAGCGGUUAAGGCUUUUAAGGACACCAUUCAGAAACUUGAGGAAAGGGCAGCGAAAGACCGUCAGACCUACAAGCGCGCCUUCGACGACCAAUUUUAUCAGUUGUGGAAAAAUAACCAAAAACUUAAACUUAACCUUUCACACAUGCCUCCCCAGACUAAAGAUAAGGAGCUUAUGAAGUGCAAGGCAAGACUCCUUCGAGAAGCCACGCUUCCUUCCACGACUGAUAUUCCCGGUGGUUCUACUUCUAUGGACCCGCCUGAAGAUACUCUUCCUUGAGAGUUUUAGCCUUUGUGCUAUUUAUCCCGAGCGCAUGUGCUCCUUAGUUUUAUUAUCUUUAGACAACUUUUAUGGGUAAUUUGUGUUUUUCUUUCCUUGGUUACUUUUCAUCCAAGUACUUGACACACUCUAUUUUUUCUAAGUUAUCCUUAGUUAAAUAGCUAAUUAAA